AUGGAGGCUGCGGAACAGACCUCAGCCUUGAAUAGAGAGAAGGCACCUCCAGAAAGGGUUCGAGUUCCAGCGGUUGGUUCGAGGGUUUCCAAUCACUCCCUGUACAAGGUGGCACUUCCGUUCAUUAUCGGAGGGCUGUCAGGGUCAAUUGCGACGAUAUGCCUGCAGCCAGUUGACAUGGUGAAGGUGCGACUUCAAUUGACUGGUGAAGGAAGUAGAAGUGGCCCGCGCGCCAGUCCGUUCACCGUGGCUCGAGAUAUUGUCAAACAGGGCAGACCGUUGGAACUGUACUCUGGACUGUCGGCUGCGCUCCUUCGCCAGGUGGUCUACGGCACCAGCCGACUUGGGUUGUUCUUCACAUUCGAAGAUGCUCUCAAGACGCGCGCGAAAGAGCGUGGAAGGCAGAUGACAUUCAUAGAGCGCGCUGGGGCAGGUAUCGCCGCAGGUGCCCUUGGGUCAUUCAUCGGCAAUCCCACAGAAGUGGCCUUAAUUCGAAUGCAGUCUGAUGGCAUGAGGCCGAUGGACCAGCGGCAGAACUAUCGCUCUGUCUUCGAUACGCUGCAUCGGAUCGUCAAGAACGAGGGUGUGCUCGCACUUUGGACCGGGGCCAGGGCGACUGUUGUCCGCGCCAUGUGUACCAACUUUGGACAGCUUGCUUUCUUUUCCGAGACGAAGAACCAACUCGAAAAGUUCUCCAGCAUCCCGGAGCAGGCACGAGUAGUAACAGCAUCAACUGUGGCGGGAUUUUUUGCCUCCUUUUUCAGUAUGCCUCUGGACUUUGUGAAAACGAGGCUCCAACGACAAUCCACCAACCUACAAGGACGACCAACCUACGCCGGUGUGUCAGAUUGCUUUCGUCAAGUACUGCAACAAGAAGGGCCGCUGCGAUUCUAUCGGGGCUUUGGGACCUAUUUCGCCCGAAUGGCACCGCAUUCGUAUGUUACACCCGUCCUAGGUUUUGACCUCCUGAGUUGCUAA